GAUUUUUUUAGACCAGAGAGUUCUGGACUAGAGAAGUUCAACCUGUACCUGGCAUAUAUUUUGGGUAUAUACUCUUCUCUUCAUAUUGAACUGCCACUGACUAUUCUUUUGGAAUUCAUAGAUGUACAGUUACAGCAAGAUUUAGCUGUUUGUAAUUAUGUUUGCAGGGCACUCAAGUUUAUGAAGUACGUCUUUUUAGAAAUGUUUUAGAUGGUGCAUGCAUUAGAUUGCAUAUAGAUUUGUACGGUACCUGUUUGUUGCAUAAACAGAAGGCUAUGGAUUCUAGGGUUGUGAAUCAAAUGACUUUAUCAACAUGUAUUAAACAAAAGAAUUUAAAAAUGGAAAUGGAGAUGGAGAACCAAUGAGACAAAGCUGGGUAUAGAGUCUAGAGAGCAGCAUUCCACUACAAUAAUCUAGAAACCAGGCAGGCAGCAGGACCCAGUUGAAGCAACAAUCCCUGCAGACCUAGGUCAUCGCAUUCCACCAGAAAGAGCCAGAGAAACCCAGUGAAUAGAAAAUUCACUGGCCUGCACACCUACCACUGAUUACAGAGCUCUGACAAAAAGCAGGUUACUAAUUCUAUACAUUCCAAUUGGCUUGUGGCUGAACACGGUCCCUUGGAUUGAAGGCAGGUUGGAGGAGAAAUCAAAACAAUUACGUAUAGCAAUGCUUGCUGCUGUGGAAGGGAAAAGAGUACCAUCAGCUCUUUUCUGAAGAAUGGCUCUGAGUGACCUCCUCUACCCAGAUAACCCCAAGAGACGUCAAGAAGUGAUCCGUCUGCACCAGGAGCUGCUAGACUGCAUGUUAGUUAAUUUCCAUGCCACAGAUGAAUUAAUUGCACUACUGAAUACACAUUUGGGGUGCACAAUUGCCCAGAUUAAGAUGGAAAAGGGUGGAACCAUCAAGGAAAACUGUGACAUUAUGAUCCGAGCCAUGAGUGAAGUCCAACAAGAAGUAUGGAAGAUUGACAAAGAAAUGAAGGAAAUACUGGAGCCAAUGCUGUACCACAAGCUUUAUGAUAUCAAAGAGCCAGAGAUGGAGAAAAUUGCAAUAGCACAUAAAGUUUUUUCAGUUGUUCUAGGAGAAGCCACUUCCAUUGCUGGGAUGGUAGCUGUAAAAUUAAUCAGCUCAAAUAUUAUAAUUGUUGCUGUUAACAAGUUGGCUGCUUUGCUUGCCCAGAUUGGUGCUUCGGUUCUUGGAGGUGUUGGCAUUACCAUUCUUGGGCUAGGUAUUGACAUGAUCCUCCAGGCCAUCCUGGGGGCAGUUGAGAGGGAUCAACUUCUGGCAAGUGUUAAAAGUUAUGAGGAGCAUCUGGCUGAAUUUAAGAUGGCCUCAGAGAAAUAUCAGCAAGCCAUAACUGAAGUAACUUCCAUGGUGAAAUGUAAAAUUAAAUGAAUGGCUUUUAAUGUUCUCCCUGGCUGUCACAAUAUCCACACCAGUUACACUUACAUUAACUUUUCUGAUUCUUUAUAAUAGAGUGAAUGUUCUUACUUCUUUUUUAGCAACACAUAAAAUAGCUAGGGAAAUGGGGGCUUUAAUGGAUCAGGAGACUGGCAAAGAAAUAUACCAAUAGGUAAAUUGAUUCAAACCUGUUAGGUAGCAUGUAAAAGUCAGGUGGGGGGGACCAUCAUGGCACGCUCUGGGUGCCCGAGGCCCUGCCCCUUCCACGAGUGUGGAGCUGCCCCCGUUGCCCAG